UGUAUUGGCCAGUGCACGUCACGUGGUGAUAACCUCGCCUGUCCUUCAGUAUGUAGACAUGGCGGCCUCCGGCAGCAGUGGCGGUACGAAAGCGGGGGACCUGCUGAAGACCCUUCCCCGGGUGUCACUGGCCAACCUGAGACCCAACCCCGGGGCCCGGCAGAGGGAACGACUACGAGGACGCGGUAGACAUGGAGGAAACAGAAGUGGCCGGGGCCACAAAGGAGAGAAGCAAAGGGGCAACCGACCACGUUUGGGGUUUGAAGGAGGUCAGACGCCGUUUUACUUGGUCAUUCCUAAGUAUGGAUUCAACGAAGGGCACAGUUUUCGACGCCAGUAUCAUCCGCUGAGCUUGAAGAAGUUGCAGUACCUCAUUGACCUUGGGAGGGUCGAUCCGUCACUACCCAUUGACUUGACCCAGCUAGUGAAUGCCCGAGGAGUUACCAUCCAGCCACUAAAGAGGGAUUAUGGUGUCCAGCUGGUAGAAGAGGGCGCUGACUUGUUUUGUGCAAAAGUAAAUAUUGAAGUCCAGUGGGCAUCAGAGCUGGCAAUUGCAGCCAUAGAAAAAAAUGGGGGCGUUAUAACGACUGGAUAUUAUGAUCCGCGAAACCUUGAGGUUCUCUGUAAACCAGUACCAUUUUUUACGCGUGGAAAGCCGAUCCCCAAACGGAUGCUCCCACCAGAAGACUUGGUAAAAUAUUAUACUGAUGCAGAAAACCGUGGAUACAUAGCAGAUCCAGUUAAAGUAGCUGAGGCCAGAAAACAUCUCGCUCAAAAAUAUGGCUAUAUACUGCCGGACAUUACCAAAGAUGAACUGUAUGAAAUGUUAUGUACACGGAAGGACCCACGGCAGAUAUUCUUUGGCCUCGCUCCGGGAUGGGUGGUCAAUUUGAAAGAAAAGAAGAUCUUGAAACCCACAGAUGAGCGAUUACUUGCCUAUUACAGCUCUUAAGUGUUCGGAAUAUUCUUUCAUGCUGCCUGAACCACGGUGUGGUACUGGGGCUUCCUCCUGCUUGAUUGAUAGAUCUUUCCUUGAUCUCAGUCAUGGGUGGUGGGGCAAGCAGACGCCACUGGGGACCUCCCUCAUAUCUAUAAUUUAGUAAAUACUUGUAUUUCCCAUUAAAUGUGCUGCAGUAUCUUUUCCUAGUACUGUCCUGUUAUUUCUAGCAAUUUACAAAUAAAUUGAAGGCUGCGUUUUACCAGCUGGAUGUGUCCUUCCACAUAGAUAUCUAAUGGUAACUAGUUGGCUAUAAUUUUUAGUAAAAAUAUUAGGAACCGCACAACAGAGAGCAAUAAGAAAAGACGUUGCAGAAUUGGGAUUUCGUAGGCAAUUCAAGUAUUUACUUAAAGGGGUACUCUGGUGGAAAAGGUGUUCCUUCCAGUACUUAUCAGCUGCUGUAUAGUACAGAGGAAGUUCUUUUCUUAUUGAAUUUCUUUUCUGUCUGACCACAGUGCUCUCUGCUGACACCUCUGUCCAUGUCAGGAGCUUUCCAGAGCAGCAUAGGUUUGCUAUGGGGAUUUGCUCCUGCUCUGGACAGUUCCUGACAUGGACAGAGGUGUCAGCAGAGAGCACUGUCAUCAGACAGAAAAGAAAUGUCCUGGAAGGAUUAAGAUUUUUUAAUAGAAGUAAUUUACAAAUUGUUUAACUUUCUGGCACCAGUUGAUUGGAGAAAGGAGUACCCUUGCAACCUAUUGGGGCCCUUAGCCCCCUCCCUUUAGCACCCUCCCUUUCAUAGCGGCUCGGGCAACUGCCGGGACCCGUGGCUAAUAGCGCGUGGCACUGAUUGCAGUGCCGCGCGCUAUUAACCCUUUAGCCGCGGCGCUCAAAGCUGAUCGCUGCGGCUAAAGCGAAACUAAAAUGCUGCUGGCAGCACAGUCGAGCUGAUCGGGAUCAUCACGAUGAAAUCGCGAUGUCCCGAUCAGCUAGGACAGAACAGGAGAGUGCCUUACCUGCCUCCUGCGCGUAGGAUUGCCGAAUGACUGCUCUGUGCCUGAGAUCCAGGCAGAAGCAGUCAAGCUCCGAUAACACUGAUCAAUGCAAAGCUAUGGCUUUGCAGUGAUCAGUGUAAAAGAUCAGUGUGUGCAGUGUUAUAGCCCCCAUGGGAGCUACAACAUUGAAAAAAAAAAAGUGUGGAAAAAAAAGUUAAUAAAGAUCAUUUAACUCCUUCCCUAAUAAAAGUUUGAAUCGCCCCCCUUUUCCCAUAAAAAAAAAGUGUAAAUAAAAAUAAACAUGUGGUAUCGCCACGUGCGGAAAUGUCCGAAUUAUAAAAAUAUAUUAUUAAUUAAACCGCACGAUCAAUGGCGUACGCGCAAAAAAAUUCCAAAGUCCAAAAUAAUUCAUUUUUGGUCACUUUUUAGAUCAUGUAAAAAAUGAAUAAAAAGCGAUCAAAAAGUCCGAUCAAUACAAAAAUGGUACCGCUAAAAACUUCAGAUCACUGUGCAAAAAAAUGAGCCUUCACACCGCCCCAUAUGCGGAAAAAUUACAGUUAUAGGGGUCAGAAAAGGACAAUUUUAAACAUUUUUAUUUUCGUGCAUGUAGUUAUGAUUUUUUUACAGAAGUACGACAAAAUCAAACCUAUAUAAGUAGGGUAUCAUUUUAAUCGUAUGGAUCUACAGAAUAAAGAGAAGAUGUCAUUUUUACUGAAAAAUGUACUACGUAGAAACGGAAACCU